AUGUCACUCCUAGGAACUAUUAAUCCAAAUCUUAAUCGGUCCCAGUCCGUGGUGAGCCACAAUAUUACUCUGUCAGCACAACAGGACUCGGUAACCGAGCGCAGCCAAAACAAUGAUCAAGAAAAAAGUGAGGACGGGUUGACUCUGCAAGAUGAUGAAGAGAAGCUAGAGGCACGGGUGGGAGCUCUCGCGCGGCAGCUCACUAGACAAUCUACUCGAUUCUCUAUUAAGAGUAGCCUGGAGAAUCCGUUCACCGCUGCUGAUUCCGACUCAUCCAUCAACCCACAUAGUCCAAACUUCAAAGUCCGCGAUUGGAUGAAGAUGCUCCUAGCAAUUCGCUCUCGGGACCCUGAAAGAUAUCCAAAUCGGGUGGCCGGUAUAGCUUUCAAGAAUCUGAGCGUUCACGGGUUUGGAACUCCGACUGAUUAUCAGAAGGAUGUUCUAAAUUGCUUGUUUGAAAUUGGGACCAUAGCGCGACGCUUGGCGGGCGUCAAGAUGCAGAGGAUUCAGAUUCUUCACGAAUUUGAUGGUCUAGUAAGAAGCGGAGAAAUGCUUGUUGUUCUGGGGAAACCGGGUUCUGGAUGCUCAACACUUCUUAAAACCAUUGCGGGCGAAAUGAGCGGUAUUGAGAUGUCAAAUGACUCCGUCAUGAACUAUGAAGGAAUCACGGCAAAGCAAAUGCAGAAGAACUUCAAAGGUGAAGCAAUCUACACUGCGGAGACCGAUAUUCAUUUCCCUCAACUCUCUGUUGGAGACACACUUAAUUUCGCUGCCCUAGCAAGAGCACCACGCAAUCGGGUAGAAGGUGUCACUACCGAGCAGUAUGCACAACACAUGAGAGAUGUGGUGAUGGCAAUGCUUGGUCUUUCCCAUACUAUCAAUACGCGUGUUGGAAAUGAUUUUAUUCGUGGUGUUAGUGGAGGCGAGCGAAAGCGCGUCAGCAUUGCUGAAGCCACAUUGAGCCAAAGCCCUCUACAAUGCUGGGACAACAGUACUCGAGGUCUUGAUAGCGCAAAUGCUCUGGAAUUUUGCAAGAAUUUGGCGCUGAUGAGCAAAUAUUCCGGAACAACUGCCUGCGUUGCGAUUUAUCAAGCGUCUCAGAACGCAUACGACGUAUUUGACAAAGUCACUUUGCUCUACGAAGGGCAGCAAAUCUAUUUUGGCCCAACAAAUGAAGCCAAACAAUAUUUUGUCGACAUGGGAUUCCAUUGUCCGGAACGCCAAACGACCGCAGAUUUCCUUACAUCGAUCACAAGCCCAUCGGAGAGACAGGUUCGCAGCGGGUUUGAAGGCCUAGUGCCUCGAACACCAAAUGACUUUGCAGCAGCUUGGAAGAACAGCAGCGCCCGAACUCAACUGUUGAAAGAAAUUGAAGAAUAUGAGGGAGCGCAUCCUAUAGGGGGAUCCUCAUAUGAUACUUUUGUCACUGCUCGUCGAGCCGUACAGGCGAAACACCAGCGAGCCGGUUCGCCUUACACUAUCUCUAUGCGGAAUCAAAUUAAGAUAUGUGUUAUUCGCGGCUUCCAACGACUUCAGGGCGACUUUAGUCUGACUGCAACUGCUCUGAUUGGCAACUUCAUCAUGGCGCUUAUUAUCGGUUCUGUCUUCUUCAACUUGCCUGAAACGACUGCAAGCUUCUACUCUCGUGGCGCUCUUCUCUUCUUUGCUGUCCUGCUGAAUGCGUUUUCUAGCGCCUUAGAGAUACUUACGCUAUAUGCUCAGCGUCCAAUAGUUGAGAAGCAAGCUAGAUACGCAUUCUAUCAUCCGUUUGCUGAGGCUAUUGCGUCAAUGCUAUGCGACGUUCCUUACAAACUAAUUAACUCUGUCACUUUCAACAUUGUCUUAUACUUCAUGACGAAUCUGCGUCGAGAGCCGGGCGCUUUCUUUACAUUUUGGAUUUUUUCUGUCGUCACUACUUUCACAAUGUCGAUGGUGUUCCGGACUAUUGCAGCUACAUCGAGAUCUUUAUCGCAAGCCCUAGUCCCCGCGGCAAUUCUGAUUCUCGGCAUGGUCAUCUAUACUGGUUUUACUAUUCCAACGCGCAAUAUGUUAGGUUGGUCACGAUGGAUGAACUAUAUCAAUCCUAUUGCCUACUCCUUCGAAAGUUUUAUGGUCAACGAGUUUCACGAUCGGACAUUUCCCUGCUCAUCGAUCGUGCCGUCAGGUGGGACUUACAACGGUAUGUCAAUGGAUCACCGUAUUUGCUCCACUGUCGGUGCAGAGUCCGGGUCAGACCAUGUAUCGGGGUCUCUUUACCUCGAAUUGAGCUUUCAGUAUGCCAAAGGCCAUCUGUGGAGAAACAUGGGAAUCCUUAUAGCCUUUAUGGUCUUUUUCGCCUUCACCUAUCUUGUCGGAACGGAAUAUAUCUCCGAGCAGAAGUCCAAGGGAGAAGUUCUUCUGUUCCGACGCGGUCACAGACUACCCAUUAUGGACUUCGAUUUAGAGAGAUCAUCUCCCGUCAGUGGUAGCGAAAAGACUCAGGAGUCUGUUCCUCAAGCCUCCGGAAUUCAACGUCAAACCUCAAUCUUUCACUGGCAGGAUGUGUGUUAUGAUAUCAAAAUCAAAGGGGAGCCCCGGCGGAUCUUGGAUCAUGUUGAUGGAUGGGUGAAACCAGGAACUUGUACUGCGUUGAUGGGAGUCUCGGGAGCUGGAAAGACAACAUUACUUGAUGUUCUUGCUACACGCGUGACAAUGGGAGUUGUCACAGGCGAAAUGCUAGUUGAUGGACAGCUACGCGAUCAAUCCUUCCAACGCAAAACUGGUUAUGUUCAGCAACAAGAUCUACAUCUCCCUACGUCGACCGUCAGAGAAGCCUUGGAGUUUAGCGCUGUUUUACGACAGCCUGCAUCAACAAGCCGCAAGGAGAAGAUCGCCUAUGUUGAUGAAGUGAUCAAGCUCUUGGGCAUGGAAGGCUACGCCGAUGCAGUAGUUGGAGUACCAGGAGAGGGAUUGAAUGUCGAACAGCGCAAACGCUUGACGAUAGGCGUUGAACUCGCUGCUAAGCCCCAGCUUCUGCUGUUCCUCGAUGAACCGACAAGUGGUUUGGAUAGUCAAACUUCCUGGUCUAUCCUGGAUUUAAUUGAUACUUUGACAAGACAUGGCCAGGCAAUUCUUUGCACUAUCCAUCAACCAUCUGCCAUGUUGUUCCAACGGUUCGACCGGCUGCUCUUCUUAGCUAAGGGCGGGAAAACCAUUUACUUCGGUGAGAUUGGCGAGAAUUCGAAAACCAUGUCGGACUACUUUGAGCGCAAUGGAGCGAAGGCACUUACCCCUGGGGAGAAUCCGGCCGAGUGGAUGCUGGAAGUGAUCGGAGCAGCACCUGGCUCCCAUAGCGAUGUCGACUGGCCUGUGGUCUGGCGAGAAAGCGCAGAGCAUACCAAGGUCAAGGAACAUUUGGCAGAUCUCAAACGAACACUAGCGACGAGCCCCCGAGAAAAUGCUGCUGCUGGUGCAUAUAAUGAGUUCGCGGCACCAUUCCAUAUUCAGCUCUAUGAGUGUCUUGUUCGGGUCUUUGCUCAAUACUUCCGAACCCCGACCUAUAUCUGGUCGAAAGCGGCGCUGUGUGUUUUGACAUCUCUCUAUAUUGGGUUUUCAUUUUUCCAAGCCAGCAACUCCAUCCAAGGACUACAGAACCAAAUGUUCAGUGUCUUUAUGUUGAUGACAAUUUUUGGCAAUCUGGUUCAACAAAUCAUGCCUAAUUUUGUUACCCAGAGAUCCCUGUAUGAAGUACGGGAACGUCCUUCGAAAGCAUACUCAUGGAAGGCCUUUAUGUGCUCCAAUAUCCUGGUUGAAAUCCCAUGGAAUGCUUUGAUGGCCGCCAUCAUCUAUUUCUGUUGGUAUUACCCGAUCGGCCUAUACAACAAUGCGAAGCAGACCGAUUCAGUGACCGAGAAAGGUGGUCUUAUGUUCCUUCUGAUUUUGACCUUCCUUCUUUUCACGUCUACUUUCGCGCAUAUGGUGAUUGCGGGUAUCGAACUCGCCGAAACGGGAGGCAACAUUGCAACGAUGCUUUUCUCGCUGUGUUUGAUCUUCUGUGGUGUUCUACAAACUAAAGAUGGUCUCCCCGGAUUCUGGGUUUUCAUGUACCGCGUUUCCCCCUUCACCUAUCUUGUAUCAGCGAUGCUAUCAACAGGCCUUUCGGGAGCCGCCGCGCACUGUGAGAAGGUCGAGUAUUUAACCUUCAACCCCCCUGGCAAUCAAACUUGUGGCGAGUAUCUGGACCCGUACAUCAAGAGUGUCAUGGCAGGCUAUGUGGAAAAUCCACAGGCAACAUCGGACUGUUCCUUCUGCUCAGUCAGCGAGACAGAUUCAUUUCUUGCACAAAUCGGGAGCAAUUUCGAUGAUGCAUGGAGGAACUUCGGGCUGAUGUGGGCCUAUAUUGCUUUCAAUAUUGCGGGGGCGGUUUUCAUCUACUGGCUGGCACGCGUGCCCAAGGGAAAACGGGCUUCGGGGGCAACAUAA